AUGGUAUGUCAGGAUGUUGAGCUGUUUGGAGCCCACAACUUUGGCGCAACCUUCCGCGUUCCUGGUUUUGUGACCAUCGGCCCUGAUUUCCGCAUCAUUGGUUCACUCGCUGGAGAAGCGCAACUGAAAAUCAAUGCAAUGUAUGAGAUGGAGAUGCCUGGCCGGGACUACUCCAUGCGAUAUCCCAUCCCCGAUGGUGAGGACGACAAACCCGACGAGGAGACUACGAAGAAAGAUGUUUCUGGAUGCGGUGUCCAUGACCAAUUUACUUGGGACCUGGAUGCCUCGGGCAAGGUCACUGCACACAUUAUCCCAAAAGUGACGUUCGGCAUUGUGUUUGAUAGCUCUGCAAUAUCUAAUGCUGCGCUCGAUCCGGGUGUCGAUUCGUAUGCGCAGUUGUAUGCGAAUACGAAAGUUGGCAGCAAUCAGCCCUUUAUCUACUGCUACGGUAUGGAUGCUGGUGCAGAGCUCUUUGGAAACAUAGAAGCGCCAACAGUUUUCAAAACCAAGUGGAGCAAACAUUACUCUCUCUGGAGCGAUGAAUAUGCUGUCAUCCCACGAUACUGCAGCGAUGGGUCGGCGUAG